AUGACGGGGAACCGGAGAAUGCCGCCGGUGUUUUGCUAUGCGCUGGCCGUGGCUGACCCUAGCUGUGACCUGGCCCAGUUCCUGCACUCUAACGGCAGCUGUGUGGCCUGUCCCACUUGUGGGCCAGGAGAGCAGCUUUCUGAGGACUGUGGCUAUGGCGACGGGGGAGAGGGGCGGUGCGUGGCGUGCGGGGAAGGGGAGUUCAGCGCGGAGGAGGGGCUGGCACCCUGCUGGCAGUGCACCCAGUGUUCCCUCCUGAACCGGGAGGAGCGGGCACCGUGCGCGCCCACCAGCAAUGCGGAGUGCGGGCGCUGCCUGAGGGGGUAUUAUGAGAUGAAGAGGAAGAGUGGAGUAACUGAGGCCCUGUGCAUGCCCUGCUACAGCCCUACAGGAAAAAUACGGAAAGAAUGCCACCCCCCCUCCUCACUGAAAGCACACAUAUCUACAGCAGGAUUAAUUGCGGAUGUUUCAAGAACUCAACGUAAAGAAGAUCCAGGAAGAAGGGCGGAGCCAGUCCCAGUGUCCAUGGCUCUGAUUGGUUCAGUGUCGGCUGCUAUGGCUUUCCUUCUGGUGCACCUCCUGUGGGUGUUGCUGCUGACAGUGGAGAGACUCAAGCAAGGACCCAAGUGUUUGGCUGGCCAAGAGGACCUCUCUGGGCCCCAGUCUGCCGAAUCACUGCACAUGCUUCUCCCCUGCUCCCUGCCCUGUGCCACACCCUCUGCCACGCCCCCUGCCAUGCCCAGCCAUGAGGGACAGACAGACCAACGGACACAUAGCACAGAGGACACGCCCAGGUGCUUGCACUCCCUGAACCCGGAGAAGGACCUGAAUUCUCCCUCCAUUGUAAUCAACUUAACUACAAACAUAAAGCCCUCCUGCCAGGGCGGAGACAGCGAGUGGGAGGGGCGUGAAGGAGCCAGCCGUACGCCUGAGGCCAAGAUCUCCAUGGAGGAGAUGGAACUGAAGCUGGAAGAGAUAUGUACAGUCACUAAAGGUCAAACCUUGGAGAAGUUGGACUACGACACGGUGCAAGACCUGUCUCUACUGCUCGACGCUGGGGGCAGGGGGGACGGCAUAAGGAGGUUGGGUCAGACCCUGUCCGUUCCCCCGGAGGUCCUCAGCAACCUGCGUGGCUUCCAGGACCUUUUCCAGUACCUGCGCACCUCCACCUACACCCUGCUGCCCCAGCUGGCCAGGGCCGUGGCCUCCCUGCCCCGCCCCGACAUCAUCUCCAGGUUGCACCGCGGCCUAGGAGCCACGUCUUCUAGUGCUAAUGCUAACACCCAGACCUAGCCGUGGCGCUAACCCACUGACUUUCGAUGACACACAGAUACAAGUCAACUCCACAACUGAAGCAAGGCCCAUCCUGCCAUAGAAAACCUAGCAGGGGAGUUUUAAAUGUCGCUCUCAAAGGGCGAUAUUUCAUCACACCUGAGACGCAUCACUACUGCUCUGGGUCUCUUGGGGAGGUGGCGUGGAAAGGAACCAGACCCUUGUCCUAUUCUUCAUUGCCAUUCAGCUCCUCCUAAGAACCCAGGACUCACAUUUCAGCUCAGUGCAGAGGAAGCCUGGAAACAUGUGACACGUUGGCGGACUCUGAACUAGAGGUCACGGGGUCAAACGUCACCUCUGAGAAAGUCAGUCACC